GAAUGGGAAGACCUUCAAGACUAAUCCAAACUGGAAUCAAUGGGGAAUCAAUAUUUGGAUCAAAAUCAUGAGUCCAACGGAACACUUUCAAAAUAAAGCCAUUAAUCUUCCAGUAUUUUCGCAGCAAGCAUCGCAGAAAGUCAUUCUCAGAUUCGAAAUUAAUUAAGAUGUGAGAUUCAUCUAGCAAACUUACAAUAAACUCCUUUUCAAAAGCAAUUCGUUCAAAGGCCUUACGGAUUGAGAUUAGGCAUGGUCUACCCUUGUGAAGUUGGGAGGAAGAAUUAUAAUAUCUGGUUUGAUUUCCAAGGGUUGGAAUGGAUUCUUGAGAUUUUCCCCAAAUUAAAUCGGAAAAAUGCUUGGGCUAUUACUCGGUUUGAAAGGCAGCGAAAAAUUUCCAUCUCAAAUGGGUCAAAUAGGUGGGGAAGUUUUAUCAGAAUUCUUGAGUCUAGGGUAGAAGGGAGCACCUCUAUUGUUAUUCCAGUGGAUAAAGGAGGUUCAAAUUGUUUCUAUAACGCUGUUGAUGCCUUCUUUGGGAAGUCUAAGAAUACUGAUACUAUUCCUAAUGCGAACACACUGGUCCAUGAAAAAGUUGAGUUAUCCGAAGACAAAGCUUCUGCUGGGAAUUGUUUUAGUCAAGGGGCAGGGGGAAAUGAACAUCCAGUGGGCACACAGACUUCUUUGGAGUUUAUAGCUCCUCAAAAUAAUGAAGAACAUGGGAUACAGACAGUAGCUCUACUGCAAAAAGACUCAGUUCUAAGUGUUAAGGAGAUUGAUCAUGCCACUCCUGGGGGGUUGACCACAGAAGAAGAGUCUUUAAAAGCAUGUCUACUGAACCAUGAAGAGCAGAUGAUUAUCGAAGGGCUGUUUAAGCAAGCACCAGAAGUGGAAGUUUCAAGAACAGAUGAUCCAAUUCAAUUUGAACUUAAGCUAAUGAUCAUUGAUGAUAAUGUGGAAGAACCAGCAAGCGGAGAUCUCCAAAAGGAGUUUGAGAUUCUUAAGCCCAUAUUUGAGCAACAUAUUAGCGAUGAUUUUGAGCAAUCUCUAUGGAUGAUUAAGGAAUCUUUGCGUUCGCCUUUCAUCAAGGAUAAGAUUCAGAAGGGACUUGUUCAAACUCUUCAGGGCAAGGCAAUAAAAGCUACAAGGGAUGCUAUGAAGAGCGCACAAUGCAUUAGGGCAAUCAAGAUAAAAGGUUUUAGAGAUGCAACUCUCUACUGCAACUGGAUACUCUACUGCCCUGUGCUCAUUGACCUGCAUGGAUUGGGAGUAGUGACAUGAGGACUCACAGUGAUGAUUUUUGGUCAUGCUUAUCUGCUGCUUAACUGCUUAAGCCAGCCUGAAUGGUACACUACCUCUUUAAUAUACUUCCAACUAGGAACAAGUCAAAGUACACCCAUAUUCCUGCAGUAGAGAGGUCCACCACGUUGGGAUGAGAUGUUUGAAGUAUACUUUGGCUUCAGUGAUGGCAGACGCAAGAUAAGAGCUUUCUUCUCCAACCAUAUGAAGACAACAAGAGACAAAACAAAGCAUUGGGACCUAU